GUGUGCAGUGGUGUAUGCUUGUGUUUUUGCGUCGUCCGGCUGGUGGUGUUUGAAUCGCUGUCCCAGCGCGCGGAGAUGAGGCUGGAGGAGGGGCCCCGGCCCGGGUCGGGUCAAAGCGGGGUCGACCCAGGUCAGGAGGACCGCCUAUCCGAGAUCAGCACCGACGGCGCCAUGAGCCAGGAUGCGCCUUCAGUGGACUCUCAGUAUUCCGGUGACCUUGACCUUGGAGAGCUGGAAAAGGUGGAGCGAGUCAAGGUCGACAAGAAGAAGCUCGAGGACCUGCUGUUCGGUGCGCCGGGCAGUGUGGACGCCUUCUUCAUGAAGAUAGAGGCAGACACGAACACGAGGAUCCAGUGGCCAAGGGAUUGUGGCACUUCGUCCAAGCGUGACCCUCAGGUGCGCGUGGUCGGCCUGGCGGGGGACGUGGACGCCGCGAGAUCCAUCAUCAACAGAGAACUGGGUGUCCGGAACAUGAACCGAGCGUCUCUGAAGGUGGACGUCAGUUACACGGACCACAGCCACAUGAUCGGAGUCGGAGGGAAGUGCAGCAAGGAUCUCUCCAACAGAACCAACUGUCACAUCCACUUCCCGGACUGCAACAAGCAGUCAGAGUGUGACAAGUCCAACUGCGUCUCCCUCUCCGGGGAGAUACCGAACAUCGAGUACGCCCGCAUCGGAAUACGGCUGCUGCAGCCGCUGGUGUUCAGCGUCACACUGCCCCACUCGCACCCGCUGCACCGGAACGGCACGCUGCGCGAGACCCGCGACAUCCCCGAUCCCUGGAAGACCCACAUCGAGUGGGCUGAGAACCGCUUCGGGGUCAAGGUCAACCCGAAGGCGAAGUCAUCCAACCAAUAUACGGCCCUCUUCAUCAAGGGCUCGGAGGAGAACUCUGAGAAUAUCCAGGCGGCCACCGACAUGCUGAUCACCGAGCUGAUCCACCGACACUACCCGCACGAGGCGGGCCACGUGACCAACACUAUGGAGAUCUCCAUCCACCACCACAAGAUCGUCCAGGGGAACGUGAAGCUGAUCAUGCAGAGAACGGGCGCCGUGAUCCUGUUCCCGGACGCCGAGGACCGCAACAUCCCGCAGACGAAGAAGGGCAGCGUGGUGAUCUGCGGCCCGGUGCGCGCCGUCUACAGGGCGCGCCAGCUGCUGAUCGGCUCGUUGCCGAUCAAGAUGACGUUCGAGCUGGCGGCGAAGCAGGACGCCUGGUGGCCGGAUCAGGAGACGCUGAAGCAGAUGGAGUUCGCGCAUGACGUUACCAUCUCGCUGCCGCAGAAGAACCGCGACAACGCCGUGCUCGUCACCAUCAUGGCGAUGGAGCGCAACAUCGGCGGCGUGUACACGGCUCGCCGGGACCUGCUGGGCCUGGCCGGGCCGGCCGUGGUGCCCGGCGUGCCGGCCAGCUACCUCUUCGACGCGGCGCCGCGGCUGCAGGGGGCGCACGGGCGGUUGGCGCUCAUCUCGCACACGGUGCGCCGCGCCACAUCGCCCCUGCCGGCUGCCUUCGGAACCAGCAGUUACGGCCUGCAGUCGCUAGGGGAGCUGGGGUCGACGCUGGCCGACAUGGGCGGCCAGCGCCAGCAGCCACCGCAUAGCAUCGGCGGGUACCCGGGCCUGGCCCGGGCCCCCUCUGCUGGCCUGGGCGCCACGUGGGGCGCCGGCUGGGGCGCCGCCGACCGUACGGGCGCCGACGAGGCCCUUUACGGCGCCGCCGAGGCCAGCAGCGCGCUGACGCAGUUCAUCCAGAACGCCACCUUGCAGCCGGCUGGUGGGCAGUGUCCUUUCUCCUCGGCCACCUACGAGCCCCUGUCUGGACUGGGCGGCGGAACAACGCCUUCUGCCCCGCCCGCGACCCUGCUGCCAUCUCUCGGUGACCCGCUCAACAGCUCCGGAGGCUCACAGGGCUUCAACAGCUCCCAGGGGAGCAGCAGGAGCGCCACCAGGAGCAACUCGCCCCCCAGUGACGAAGGAAUGGACCGCCGAGCACCGGGAUACGAGAAGAAACUCCUCUCGACGCUUAACGACUAUGACGAGAAGCGAGCGCUGGCAGCCAAGAUGCGGCGGGCGCCGCGGUCGUUCUAG